AUGGCGAACUUGUAUGUACGGGCGGCGCCGACGACGGAUCUGAAUCGGAACACGGAGUGGUUCACGUAUCCUGGCGUGUGGACCAUUUACAUCUUUAUACUGUUCUUCUCAUGGCUGGUCGUGCUUUCUGUCUUCGGUUGCUCUCCGGGCAUGGCGUGGACAAUCGUCCAUCUCUCUCAUUUCGUAAAGAGGUUGCAAUUGUGGAAAACAGUUCGAAAUUGUGUCAGCUUCCUGUCCAAUUCAUACUUGCUUAAUACUACUUCGGCUCUAGAGGAGCAACUGGUCAAAUGCCUUUCCAUCGAUCUCUUCCUCCGGGAAAGGUACUUGAUAGCCACGCACACUACGGAUUAUCAGCAUCCUAUGCUAUUCUUCAAUACACUUGCCGUUUUUGUUCUUGUCGUGGCCAAGUUUCCCCAUAUGCACAAAUGGUAUUUGCACACUGCAAAAUUGUGGUCUCAGCCCCCGGAAGUGUGUAGAAAUACUCCACAUUCCCUCGAUCUGGCAUUUUCCACUUGGAAUGUUGCAUUCUUUUGA